UUGCUUUCCUCCGAAGCGACAACGACUGGGAUGCCACUGCAUUUGUUCAAUUGUGGAACAGAUCUCUGAAUUGUUCGUUGGACAUGACUUGUAUCGUAUUUAAAGCAAGAUAUACCAAUAUCAUAGGUGUUGAAUCUGUACAAUAAUGGAUUAUAAUUCUGACAAAACAUAGCAUAUUGCAUAACCGUUCACAGAACAUUUUUUUUUACUUUCAUUUUGCCUAUGUUAUACAGUGAUCAAAUUUAGACUUUAAUACUGAUUUAUACUAUGAACCAAUCACCAAUUUCUGAGGUGGGAGGAGAUAUUUAUACCGAAUAUGUACCUGAAAUGGAUGAUUCAGUACCGGGAACAAGACAAACAAGGAACGUUUUGAUAGGAUGCACUGGGAGUGUGGCAUCGGUCAAGGUUCCAAUACUGGUUCAAGAGUUGAUGAACAUUGAUGAUCAGUUGGAAAUCAAAGUAGUGACUACUGAAAAUGCCCUCCACUUCUUUGACCACACAAGUCUUCAGGUACCAGUGCUCGGAGAUGCUGAUGAAUGGCAGGGCUGGAAGACAAUGAAGGACCCAGUGUUACACAUAGAGCUAAGGCGAUGGGCUGAUCUCAUGGUCAUUGCACCUCUGGAUGCUAACACAUUAGCCAAGAUUGCCAAUGGACUUUGUGACAACCUAUUGACAUGUACUGUUCGAGCCUGGGACUUGCAGCGCCCCCUUUUGUUUGCGCCAGCCAUGAAUACACACAUGUGGAACCACCCACUGAGUGCCAAGCAAACCUCGGAGCUGAGAAACUUUGGAUAUAAGGAGAUACCUUGUAUUAAAAAGACUCUCGCAUGUGGAGACACAGGAUAUGGAGCCAUGGCAGAGGUGUCCACAAUUGUGUCACAGGUGAUUGAGACAUUAAAUUCGAAAUCUUCAAUCACAUGAUCAACACAUGUAUUACUGGUCAGAAAUGCUUCAACUAAGUCAAAGACAGAAGAUUUGUAGCAGAUACAUAAGGAAUUUUGACAACCAACGCACAAGCCCAUCAUUAUUAAUGUUUCUAUUUGGUGGCCAUUUCUACAAUCGAGUGGUGGCUAGUCGAAUAUGUCUUUAACAGGGACUAAUAGUAAA